UCUCUCUGGGCCGACAAAGCCUCAGCGACUUCGAGCUCUUGCCAUCUCCUCAACCUGCCAUCAGGACCUCCAGUAGCAAUUCUAAGCCAAACUGUGCCCACCCAUUUUGGGCCUUUCUACCUCAGCCCACCCCCCAUCUCCCACCCCUCGAGUGGGAAUUGGGAGUUUUGGGUGUUCAAACCUCAACUUAAGGCCGGCAGAUCCAUCCUUCCGGGGCUUAUCUGUCCUUCUCCAGAGCCCGGGAUCACAUGUUCAGAUCCGCCAGACGGCCGCACCUCUGCAAAAUCGGUAAUCACUUUGACAAAUGGCGUACAUCGAGUUGAUGCGAAAACCGGACAUUGA